GAAAAUUAUUAUAAACUGUGAAAAUGAUUCAGAUCAAAAAGGUUUUUUGCCUUCUGGAGCUAAAAUGGGGUAUGUUACUUAUUGGGAUCGUGGAAUUAAUACUGUGUUCUAUUCUCGGUGGGGUGUGCAGAGGAAUGCACGUAAAUGUGGUUUACUAUCUCAGCUUGAUUGUCUCCAUUCUUCACAUUGUGGCCUGCGUCCUGCUAAUUGUUUCCAUUUUCGAGCCUAAGAAAGAGCUGGUUAUUCUCUACUUGAUAACUGGUAUCAUACGCGUAAUUGUCCUUAUAGUGGGCAUAAUUUGGUUGAUCUGUUACGGUUUAGGUAAUAAGAUACAUAAUUACCAACCAAUCCACACAGAAUCCAUUAUUGUCAUGGUCAUAUCUUUGGUUCUCACCGUGUACUUUUGGCUAUGCGUCUACUCAUGGUUCAAGAAACUCGGUGGCUCUACCCCAGUGGAUUAAUAAGUCGACCAUCCUUGGAACUUGACAAACCAUUCUCAAUAGCCAAUACUCGUCGAAAUUCAAUUGAAGUCUAAUAUUUUCUAUAAUUAAAUUAAGCAGUCCUCGAAA